AUGAGACUCGCUCUAGUCCCUAUCGCCUUUGUUCUAUCCACGCUCACGACGAACCAUGUGAAGCCUGUCCACAGCAAGAUCCUUUCCGCGUCAAUGCUGUCGGGCAUGCUCUUUGGAACGAGCGCGCCAGAAGCCACUGCUCCGGCAAGCAUUGCAGCAACGGUUGACGGUGCUAGUGGAUCUGAUGCUCCUUCCAGCGGAGACCAAGUUAGCGCUAGCGCAACAAGCGGCUCUGCUGCAGACCUCACCCCCAAAGCCGAUAUUGUAAGAGAACUUGCUGAACAGACACAGCAAGCCGACUCGGGAGCUCCUGGACAGGAAGUACUGGCGAGCCAGUCGGACGCUCAAGCAACCAAGGCUGAAGUGAAGACUGAGCAGAUUGUUGCAGCUGCAACUGAAAACGCAGUGCCUACUGCCAGCAAUGCAAUCCCUGCGGAGACGAAAACUCCAGCAGCCAAUCGGGAGAAGCAGCAACUAACCGAAGAGGAUGCUGCAAAGAACUCGGAGCUUUUGCAGUCCGUCAGCGAGUCUGCUGAGGCUUCGUGGAUCUCUAAAGUCAGCAAGGAAAGCGCUAUUGAAGCACUACUUCCGCUUGUCGCCCUGACGCCCGUCUUGGCGGCAGCAGGAUUCCAUGCUGAUAUUGACGAAUCAACACCUGGUUCCCCCCUUGUUCGGUUCCCAAGUAUUGACUACGCUGUUCGCGUAGAAGACCUCAAGAGUUACGACUAA